AUGGCGUCCGAAAUGCUAGGCAACGCUGCGGAAAAAGCAAAGGGCCUUGUCGGUGAGAAGACCGGCAAGAUGGCUCAGCUUGCAGCUGUUACCAAAGACGUUCACGACGACAAGUGGCGCAUCACCACCGAUGCUGGUGUUAAGCAGAGCAACACUGAUGACUGGCUGUCGGUGGCGACAGACAACCAGCAAGGUCCCUCGCUGCUGGAGGAUCACGCCGCUCGCGAGAAGAUCCACCGCUUCGACCACGAGCGCAUUCCCGAGCGUGUUGUCCACGCCCGUGGCUCCGGUGCUUUUGGAAAGUUCAAACUCUUCGAGUCCGCUGAAGACGUCACAUCGGCUGGCAUUCUUACCGACACAUCGCGCGAGACCCCCGUCUUCCUACGAUUCUCAACUGUACUGGGUAGCCGUGGAUCGGCAGACACUGUCCGUGAUGUCCGCGGUUUCGCCGUCAAGUUCUACACGGAAGAGGGUAACUGGGACAUUGUUGGAAACAACAUUCCCGUCUUCUUCAUCCAGGACUCUAUGAAAUUCCCCGAUGUUAUUCACGCCGGAAAGCCGGAGCCUGACUGCGAGGUCCCGCAAGCACAGUCCGCUCACAACAACUUCUGGGACUUCCAGUACAUGCACCCAGAGGCUACGCACAUGUUCAUGUGGGCCAUGUCCGACCGCACCAUUCCCCGCUCAUACCGUAUGAUGCAAGGUUUCGGUGUCAACACCUACACACUCAUCAACGCCAAGGGCGAGAGGAGCUUUGUCAAGUUCCACUUCACCCCCCAACUCGGUGUCCACAGCUUCGUCUGGGACGAGGCUCUCAAGAUUGCUGGCCAAGACCCCGACUUCCAUCGCAAGGACUUGUGGAUGGCUAUCGACAGUGGCGCGUACCCCAAGUGGAACUUCGGUAUCCAAGUCCUCCCAGAGUCAAAGGAGCACGACUUCGAUUUCGACAUCUUGGAUGCCACCAAGGUCUGGCCUGAGGAGCUUGUCCCCAUCCGGUACAUUGGUGAGCUCGAGCUGAACCAGAACCCCGACGAGUUCUUCACCCAAACAGAGCAAGUCGCCUUCUGCACAAGCCACAUCGUCCCUGGUAUCGGCUUCAGCAACGACCCUCUUCUGCAAGGACGCAACUUCUCAUACCAGGACACCCAACUCUCACGUCUGGGUAUCAACUGGGAAGAGCUGCCAAUUAACAAGCCUGUCUGCCCCGUCAUGAACUUCAACCGUGAUGGUGCCAUGCGCCAUACUAUCACCAAGGGCAAGGUCAACUACUGGCCUAACCGUUUCCAGACUGUUCCUCCUGCUACAGAAAAGGAGGGCGCCUACAUCGAUUACCCUGAGAAGACUGCCGGAAUCAAGGCCCGCAUGAAGACCAGCAAGUUCAGGGAGCACAAGAACCAGGCUGAGCUUUUCUACAACUCCAUGUCAGAGAACGAGAAGAUGCACAUGAAGGACGCUUUCGCCUUCGAGCUUGACCACUGUGACGACCCCGUCGUCUACAAGCGUCUCUGUGAGCGUCUCUGUGAGAUCGAUCUUGAGCUCGCUCAGAGUGUUGCGGAGAUGGUUGGCAGCGAUGUGCCAACUGAGCAGACUCGCCCCAAGCACAACAAGAAGGCCAAGGGUCUCUCCCAGAUGGACUUCAUGCCUGAGAAGCCUACCAUUGCUACCCGCAUGGUUGCUAUCCUUAUCGCCGAUGGUUACGACAAGGUCGCUUACAACGGCAUCAAGGCUGCGCUCACUGCUGCCGGCGCCCUUCCCUUCACCAUUUCACCCAGGAGAAACAAGAUCUACGCCGAUGGUGAGGACAAGAGUGGCUCCGGUGUCGUAGCAGACCACCACCUUGAGGGCCAACGCUCCACCAUGUACGACAGUGUUUUCGUUCCUGGUGGUGCCAAGUCAGUCGAGACCCUCCGCAAGAACGGUCGCGCCGUUCACUGGAUCCGCGAGGCUUUCGGUCACUUGAAGGCUAUUGGCGGCACCGGCGAGGCCGUCUCCUUCAUCAAGCAGGCCGUCGAACUCCCCGGUAUGGAGUUCUCGGCCGCCGCUGAUGUUGUCAACAGCUACGGUGUUGUCACUGCUGGUCAGGUUCACGCCGAUAGCUUCAAGGAGGCUGUCAACAUGGCCAAGGAGGCUAAGGACUUCACCAGCGCGUACUUGUACAGCAUCUCACAGCACAAGAACUUUGAGCGUGAGAGCGCUGGGCUUAGCCAGAUGGUUGCUUUCUAA